CUUCUCACAAUCCCCCUCGCCUCUCUCUCUCUCUCUCUCUCUCUCUCUCUCUCUCUCACACACACACACACACCCCCCCGGAUAUUUAGACCCAACACUGCCGGAUAUUAUAGAUUAUACCCAUAUUCGAGUACUGUUCAGAGGGAACUAAGUCUUGAAGAUGACCAUGAGCAACAAUAAUAUGGGGCUGUUUGGGGACACGACACUAACCAAGGUGUUUGUCGGAGGGCUGGCAUGGGAGACGCCGAAGGAGGCUAUGAGAGAGCACUUUGAGAAGUACGGUGAGAUAUUGGAGGCCGUGAUCAUCUCUGAUAAGGUCACUGGCAGAUCCAAGGGCUACGGAUUCGUGACGUUCAAGGAGGCUGAAGCAGCUAAGAAGGCUUGCGAGGAUGCUACGCCCAUCAUCAACGGACGCCGAGCCAACUGCAACCUGGCUUCGCUCGGAGCUCGGCGCCCAAGGUCGGCUUCCACCACCCCUCCUCAACAAGGAUCCAACGGUGGAGCAAGGCCUGCGACAGGUGCACCUGCAAAUCAAGUGCAAUGGUACUAUCCGGCGGGGACACCUCCAUCGCCCUUUCAUCACCAGCCCCUUCCUUUCUAUGGGUACUCUCCCACCUACAUUGCUACAGAUCAUAUCAGUUACAAUCAUAAACUAAGCUACACCGGCGGGGCGUACAUGAAUGGGCAUUACUCCCAAGUGUAUCCGGCGGGGCAGGCUAUUGUGGGUGGAAACACGUUGAUGCCAAUGUACCCAUAUUACCAUAAUUACCACCAAUCACAAACAAUGGGACUUCCAGCUCAUAUCUUCUCGCCUUCAGCAGCGAGACCCAUGAACGCAGUCCCGGCAAUCAUGUCAAAACCACCACCAAUUGCUCCCAACACAGUUUGCUUGGCUGUGGAAUAGGUACAGUUGGCGCAGGUGAGAGCUUUAAAAAGGUUGGCACUUAGAUGGGAAUAACAAAGGAGGAGGAGGUGGUGGCUGCUCAGAACAAAAUUAUUAUCUGAUCUGUUGUGGCUCUUCUUUCUUUCCAAUUUUAGGCCUUUUUUUUUUUCUUAAUUUAAUUCUUAGGUGCUUGAUAAGAUUCUUUCAUUUCUCAUUCUCUAUCUAACAUCUCAUCUUGAGCUGUAAACCACUAAACAAAUGCAACUGAAGUCCAUGCGUAUAUGUAAUCACCCCAUAUAAUGUCUUGUGGGUUGCUUUUCAGAGCUUCAGUUUACUUUGCUACAUAAAAAGCCUGCAUUUCAAAUA